CCCGUGCAGUGUUUCAGUUAUACUGCAUGUCAGCGUCCGGCAGUGGUGCAAAUACACUGAAGUCAUAACGAAAAGCAACGGCGACAGCAGUCUCAAUAAUAAGCUUAAUAAUAAAAGUGACUAUUAAAGGAACGCAAGGCGGUAUUUUUAGCCAGACUUCAGCUUACUUCUUCAAGCUGCACUGGGGCGUCCCACCAGAGGAACUUGCUGUGAUUUGUCACGCAUUUGUCCGUCCGUGUUAGCUGUUGACUCUGUAAACAACAUCAUCAUUCCACGGGACCCUCGAGAGGUAAAGUGACAUUUUCUGAACUUGCCGCGCGCGCGCGCAUGUGGAGGACUGACUGACUUUGCUCGGCAUGUGAGGAAAGUUCUCGCUUUCUUCAUGAAAGCCUAACCCGCUACUUUGUUGCCUCCAGUCAGGGAAGAAUUGAAAGCACGGAGGUGAAGAUGGAUAUUUGAACCAGAUUAAACACAAGUAUCCUGUAUAAGGACAUUUCUACUACCACAUGUCUGCGUUAAUGCGGUGAAGCGAGGACACGUCAGGUUGGUGCUUUUGAAUUCACGAGUCUCGAGUUUCUGCCGCUCUGGAUGGUGAUAUUAACGCGUGAAUUUGACCUGGGAUAAGUUGUCAACAAGACGAGCUGCAGAAGCAAGCUGGCAGGUGUACAAGUACAUUUACAUGCAUGGGCGUACGUAUAUCUCUAUAAAUAGAAUUCGUCUUAAGGACUAAUCACUCCCUGUGCUCGUGCAUAUGUUUUAAGCCGCCCAUCUCCAUCGGUUAUUUUAUCAUAAUCUCAGUCAAACCCACGCGUGUCGCUUUGGCUGUCAGGGUAGGUGCCGUCGCAUGGACUGACAUGGCCACCGAUCUCGCCAUGAGCGCAGAUUUGCCCAACAGCCCCUUGGCUAUUGAAUAUGUCAACGACUUCGACCUAAUGAAGUUUGAGGUGAAGAAAGAGCCCCCUGAGGCCGACCGCUACUGCCACCGCCUUCCUCCGGGCUCGCUGUCAUCCACCCCUAUCAGUACACCCUGCUCAUCUGUGCCUUCCUCGCCCAGUUUCUGUGCCCCCAGUCCUGGAUCGCAACCCGGUCAAAACAUGGGCAACGGGGUCAACAACAACAGCGGUGGCAGCAACAACAAUAACACCCAAAAUUCCUCGGGCAAGCCACAGCUGGAAGACCUCUACUGGAUUCCAAACUACCAACAUCACAUCAGUCCAGAGGCCCUGAACUUGACCCCCGAGGACGCGGUGGAGGCGCUUAUCGGUAACGCGCAUCACCACCACCAUCACCACCAGGCCUAUGAGGGAUUCCGCGGUCAGCAGUAUGUCGGAGAAGAUCUAUCGGCGGCCACAAACGGGCAUCACCAUCCGGUGCACCACCAUCACCAUCAUCACCACGGCCACCACGGGCACGCGCGCCUCGAGGACCGCUUCUCGGACGAGCAGCUUGUGAACAUGACGGUGCGCGAGCUCAACCGGCAACUGCGAGGUUUCAGCAAAGAAGAGGUGAUCCGUCUUAAGCAGAAACGCAGGACCCUGAAGAACCGGGGCUACGCGCAGUCGUGCCGCUACAAGCGCGUGCAGCAGCGGCACAUGCUCGAAAGCGAAAAGUGCACGCUCCAGAGCCAAGUAGAGCAACUUAAGCAAGACGUGGCGCGUCUGAUUAAAGAGCGGGACCUGUACAAGGAGAAGUACGAGAAGCUGGCGAGCCGAACCUUUAACGGAGGGGUAAACGGCGGCGGUGGCAACACCCGGGACCCGUCCAGCGUCUCUCACGGCAAAACGACUUCCACGGAUUUCUUCAUGUGAGAGUCACUCUUGUUAAAGACUUUUUUUCACACCAACGUUUUCGUUUUUUAAGCCUUAAUUUUUAUGAUUUUCAGUGUGAAUUCAUUUACAGUUCUUUAUUAAAGACUCAGUGUACACUUUAGAACACAGAACCUAUAUCAUUACAUACAGCGCCAUGUUUAAAGUCACACUUGUUUGUGUACUUACAUUAUUGCAACCUAAAAGUCUUAAGGAUAGUGUAUGCUAGGAUUAUCUUUGACAGAUACUGCACGGACUGUUCUACAGUACUCCAUAUGACCUCCUUUCUAUAUAUGGGAUCACGCGUAACCUCCAAAGACCCAUCAGUUUUGGAUUAUGUAGUUUUUGUGUGUUGUUUCUUUUUUAUAGUAAUAGGCUAAAUGCAAAGUCCCAGAAUGUUUAGAGACAUGCAGCCACGCCGCAUACGGACUUAAAAGCGUCUUCAUUAUUUUUCCUUGUCUUAACGAAAUCUCAGUGGCGAUGAACGAUUUUCUGAACGAACUUUGGAAGAAAUAAUAACAGAAACACUUACAAGCAAGAGAGAUAGCAAUACAUCCUUGACUUUCUUCAGUUGUGAACUAAGGUUUAGGGGACUUGUGAACUUUGAGGGCCCUUAAGCAUUGCUCAAGUCUGCAUUACCCCACCAAUCCUGCAUGCGGGACAUGUAUGGUACUCCAAACGCGCCAAGCCCUUUCUGUCUUCCCCAUACAGCACUUGGAUGAAAAGCAUGGCCCUUAAUCACUCUUUCUUCUCUCUCUCUCUUUAUUCGUUUCUUCUGCUCGAUACAAAUCACAAAAUUACAUGAAACCCUUACAUUUUUUUUCUUUUGUUAAAAAGUACAGAAUAUGUAGAACAAAACAAGAAAAAAACACCGAACUGAGCCAGAUUUUAAGAGUUAUUUAUUCCCACUUGUACAUAUGUAGAGGUUAAUUGGUGUGUUGAUUUACCUUUAUUUUUUAAGUCUUUUUGCUUGAUUAUUUAAAACGUCUUAAUACAACGUUUGUAUGUAGAAGCAUGCAAAUAACAAAGAUAUUCUCAUCCUAUUGAAUAUGUACAAUUUUAAAAGAAGCCUACUGCACUAUGAUUAGAAGAAUUGGGAUUUAUAUCAAAUUUAUUUUCCCUCUGUGGUGAUCGAAUUAAUCAACAUACCUACAGGUGUUGGACGUACUCGAUCUAAAGUUGAUCUUGCAGUGCAUCAUAAACACAAGGACUUAAAUUGCUGCUAAUACUCUAUGCACCAAAUUCGAAAGCAAUUAACAUAAGCUCUGAUUGUUUGAUUUUUAUACUUUAAAAUGAAUCCAAGUAUAUAGAACACUGGACAUGGACGUCAGCAAUAUUCAAUAUAGGUAUUUGUCUUAAUAGGUGGGAUAAUGAAAUAAAACUUUUUUUCUUCAAAUACACGACAACCGACGAGGAUGUUGGUUUACUUUUUAAGAAACUGUAGCCUAUGCUGUAUUCGGCUUUAAGCAGAUGUCUAUUGUUUUUCAGUGGAACAGGCUUUUAACCAUACCCAAUUAGUCUACAGGUGUGUCUGGAUUAAAUGGGGAUAUAAUUUUAAAAUAAUAAAGGGACUUGUGUGCACCUGACUGUAUACGCAACGAUGCGCAUUUUAUCAUGAGCAUUUGAGACUGUUUAGUUCAGGCGGAAGGAACAAACUUACAAUGAACUUGCCAAAGUGGAUUUCAGGAUUAUCUAAUGCACGUCAAUUGUCUUAACUCAGUUUUUUUUCUCCGACCUGUGUAUGCUUAGUUUUUAAACAGAUAUGAAAUAUAUCGCCCAGACGUCCAAAUUAAGAUCACCAUGUAUGCUCCCUUACCUGUAUUAGUAUCUGCUUGAUGUUCUCAGCUGAAAUCACUGUUAAUAUUGUUUUUAUUUCUUUUUGAUUAAAUCAUGAAUUAUGAUACAGUUCGUUGGAAAACAAUCUUUUUGUCUAAUGGUCUGAUUUAAGGCACCGCGGCUCAAGGUUACAUAACCCCAUGUGCUGUCCUGUGUGCUGUCUUAUGUAAAAAAAUAAAUAAAAUAGAAAAAAAUGUACAUAGCCUAUAAUUUCUAUAUAUUUAUCGAAAAAUAUAAAUGUCCUUACGUGUCAGUAAGUCAAAACCAAAAUGUUUUAAAAUGGAAUGUUGUUCAGAAUCUUGUUUUCAUAAUGUUUAAUAAAAAUUUCUGUCAAGCGCUU